CCAGUCCUUCUCUCCGCUACAGAUGGCGGCCCAGAGGCAGCGCGCGCUGGCCAUCAUGUGCAGGGUGUACGUGGGCUCCAUCUACUACGAGCUGGGAGAGGACACCAUCCGCCAGGCCUUCGCCCCCUUCGGCCCCAUCAAGAGCAUUGACAUGUCCUGGGACUCCGUCACCAUGAAGCACAAGGGCUUUGCCUUUGUGGAAUAUGAAGUACCUGAAGCUGCCCAGCUGGCCUUGGAGCAGAUGAACUCUGUCAUGCUGGGGGGAAGGAACAUCAAGGUGGGGAGGCCCAGCAACAUUGGGCAGGCCCAGCCCAUCAUUGACCAGCUGGCUGAGGAGGCUCGAGCCUUCAACCGCAUCUACGUGGCCUCCGUGCACCAGGACCUCUCUGAUGAUGACAUCAAGAGCGUUUUCGAGGCCUUUGGGAAGAUCAAAUCCUGCACCCUGGCCAGGGACCCAACCACAGGGAAGCACAAAGGCUAUGGCUUCAUUG